UUCGACAUAUUUCUAUAGAAAAGAAUGUUGUAGGAAUCAGCUAUGGCGGGAGGAGGAAACUUUCUUCAGAGGGUCAUUUCUUACGUAGCCAACGAGUUGAUCGUCAAUGGACUCGCCAACAACCAAACUUUUCAAAGGUUUGCCGUAAGGACCUCGAAGAGAAUAGAUGAUAUAUCUAAAAUUGCUGUGCAGACCAAGCGAAAAAUUGCUGACCAGAUCAAGGAUGCGUCAAAAAACUUUGAGUCUUUCAAGAACAAGUAACUUGGAAGCAAUGGUGUAAGGAUGUACAAAGUUUCCUUUUUUCUCCCUAACUAAUAUUUUGAAGAAAAUUGAGAUAAUUGCAGUUCUGUAAUGUGGCUUUGUUGCACAUGGCGGUGUAGAAGUGAUCUUAGUAAUGAUGCCAUAAUGUUGCAUCGUAUUGUUUUCCCAUUUUUGUCGCUUUUGUGAUGC